UAGUACAGAAAUGACAGCGUUAAGAAUACUGCAAUGGUACUUAUUAUUUCGUUUGCAAAUGGCGUAGUGGUAGUGGACCUUGAUGUUUGUCAAGUCAAAUUGUACAUUAAAUAAACAAGUGAAUGGACCAUAGUAAUAACUGACUUGAGGUGUAUGAUAACAUCAUGUUAACAACUCUAGGCUGAAAUUGCUUAGGCUGAAAUUGCUUAAAAAUUAAGAACAAAAUAAGAACAAAUUGAGGCUGAGGUAAAAUAUGUCAAAUGAGGUAUUUUUAUUUUAAAGACCUUACUGUCUGUGCGAUAGGUCUGACUAUGUAACACAGUCAGUUAUGUGUACCUACCUGUCAUUUUUUUCCGGGACCCUUUUUCAGGGGCCAUUUUUACCUACAUUUCAGUACAGCGUAUAUAGAGUGCACAUACAAUAAUAUUUUUUUUGUUUGAAAAUUGUGUAAGAUAAGAACAAAAUAAGAACAUUUUGAGCCUGAAAUCGGCCAAAAAAUAUUAACACUGAGUCUGGGCAAAUUUUAUCUGGUUCUUAUAAAAAAAGAAAAUUGUAAUUACUUGACUUUAUUCCAGCAAUCCGUACCAGUGCAAGGAUGUCAAUAUUUUAUUAGAACGACCUUUAGUCUCUUUAGUUCUUACUCAGUUGUUGAUAACUGUUAAGCUACGUUUAUAGGCCAGAUGUUAUUUUCUAAGCGGCACGGUCCGUAUCGAGUAUAAAACAUGGAUAGAAAAUUAACAUUUAUUUUAUGCUUUAUAGUAGGAGUGCUUGUGUUUGUUGUAGUCUUUUUUCCAACAUACUUUGCUAGAGAUUGUGGUUGUGACGUUACAGAACCUACACCGACAGAACCUACACCAUUACCUAAAUCUGAGAGGGUAUCAUGCAGCCCACUAGGCGGAACAGACCAGGAGAGUUGCAUCAGUCAUGGCUGUAAAUGGGACGCGAACACGGGAGACGAUAAAGUGCCAAAAUGUUUUUAUCCAACAGCGUAUGAAACGUACAAAUUAGCAAGUCAGGUGAAAGAAUCAUGGGGAUACCGUAUCAAAUUGGACCGUAACAUUGAUUUGAAAGCAGUUACUAAUAACCCGAUUGAUAUUGUCGUACUGGAUAUUGAAUUCCAAACAGAGAAUCGACUCCGUAUUAAGUUUUACGACUCAAAAAAACGCAGGUUUGAAGUCCCAAUGGAUAUGCCAGUGAAGCCAAACACAGCUCCUGAAGCAACUACUUAUGAUGUGCAGAUUGUUGAAAACCCAUUCAAUGUCAAAGUGAUUCGUAAAUCUUCGAAAGAAGUGGUAUGGGAUAUGUCAAUCGGCCCAUUAUACUUUGAGGAUCAGUUCCUUCAGCUAUCAACACGCCUGCCUUCAACAAGCGUAUUUGGCUUCGGAGAGACUGAACAACCCUCGUUUAUGCAUGACCUUAACUGGAAAACAUGGGGUUUUUUCUCAAGAGAUCAACCUCCAUCUACUGGUAACAUGUACGGUGUUCAGCCAUUUUAUAUGUGUCUUGAAAAUGAUUUCAAUGCGCAUGGUGUUCUCCUUCUGAACAGCAACGCUAUGGACGUGGUACUUCAACCGGCACCGGCGUUAACUUAUCACACUAUAGGGGGCGUCCUCGAUUUCUACCUAUUUUUUGGUACUUCCCCUGAAAAUGUGAUACAAGAAUAUACUUCAGCAAUUGGACGCUCAUACUUACCCCCAUAUUGGGCACUUGGUUUCCAACUAAGUCGCUACGACUAUGGCAGUCUCGAUGAGGUUAAAAUCGUUGUUGAUGGUAUGAGAAAAUAUGGAAUUCCACAUGAUAUCCAAUAUGCUGACAUUGAUUAUAUGGAACGACAGCUUGAUUUCACCGUUUCUGCAGAUCGUUAUGCAGGAUUUAAAGAAUAUGUCGACCAAGUGAAAGAAGAAGGCACUCGUUACAUCACGAUUCUUGAUCCGGCAAUUAGUGCUAACGAAACUACAGGAACUUAUCCACCUUACGAAAAGGGCGUAGAAAUGGAUGUCUUUAUUAAGGACGAGCAAGGAGACAUUGCUUAUGGCAAGGUUUGGCCUGACUACCCAAAUAUCAUAGUAGAUCCGACAAAGGACUGGGAUUAUCAAACUGAGCAUUACAGAGCAUAUGCCGCUUUCCCAGACUUCGUCAAAAAUUCAACAAAAGAAUGGUGGAUAGAGCAGAUACGAAAUUUGUAUAACAACGAAUUCAAAUUCGACGGAUUGUGGAUUGAUAUGAAUGAACCUGCUAGUUUUGUCGAAGGAUCCGUUAAUGGAUGUUCUGAAAAUGAGUUGGAUGUACCACCUUACAAACCAGCCAUUUACGGAGAACGAUUAGCAGAUAAAACGCUUUGUAUGAACUUCCAACAACACCGGACAGAAACGGAAAUGUCUAAUCACUAUAACAUGCACAGUUUGUAUGGCUGGUCUCAGACUCCAGUAACGCUACAAGCAGUUCGAUUGGUAACUGGAAAAAGGAGUUUCGUCGUUACCAGGUCAACUUACGUAGGGUCUGGGAAAUAUAGUGGUCAUUGGUUAGGAGAUAACACCAGUAUUUGGCCGCAUCUUCACAAGUCCAUUAUUGGAAUGUUAGACUUCAGCCUUUUUGGUGUUUCUUACACUGGGGCCGAUAUAUGUGGUUUCUUUGAAGACACUACAGAAGAAUUAUGUGCACGGUGGAUGCAACUUGGAGCAUUUUAUCCUUAUUCAAGAAACCAUAAUGGAAAGGGUUGGGCACGUCAGGAUCCACCAUUCUUUGGCGCUAAAUUUGCUAACAACUCCCGUAAAAUAUUGCAUACGCGUUAUGAGUUAUUGCCAUUUCUCUACACUCUCCAUUAUGAAUCAAACACAUUGGGUAAUACAGUUGUGCGGCCUCUUCUUCAUGAAUUCACCAAUGAUGUCUUGACUCAUACGAUUGAUCGCCAGUUUUUAUGGGGUCCGUCACUUCUCAUUUCACCUGUAUUGGACCAAGGAGAAGAAACCGUGAAUGUCUACUUCCCGGAAGCGUCUAUUUGGUAUGACUUUUUUACAGGUGAACGUCUUAAUUCAGGUUACCAAGUUCUAGAUGCACCAAUAGACGUGAUAAACCUCCAUGUACGCGGUGGUUAUAUCCUCCCGACACAAGAGCCAGACAACUCUACCAUGUUCAGAGUUCUGUAUGUUGAGGAUGAAGCGAUAGAAACGUCCAGGCAAUGUACGUUCCUCUAUGAUUCAGCCUAUAGAAUUUACGAUCUUAUUAAUAUGAUAAUGUUUUUAAGAUAUGUCUACUUCUUUACAGACACUGUCGAGAACGGUAAUUACUACCACGUAACAUACACCGCAAGUAGCACGUCGAAAUCCUUGACCUCAGUGAUUGAUCAUACGACAAACGGUUUGAUGGAUAACAUGAUGCUCGACACAGUCAAAAUAUGGGGACUCUCGUCCGUUACAAAUAUUAAGUUGGACGGUACAGUUAUAGAUAACUCGAAGUAUAAUUUCAAUGAUUCUACUAAGACUCUUAUCAUCAACAACUUGGGUCAUGAUAUGAAAAAUCCUCUGAACCUACAAUGGGAGUGAUCAUAGUCAAAACACGUAAUCGGAUAUUACCAUUUAUAACACACCUAAAUAGAUUAUUGUCAUUUGAUUGGUGCAGUUCGUAUCACGUGAUAUUGGUUAUUUACACCAUUUUUAUCACCCAUAAAAAUUUAGAUCCAUCUGUGUAUUUUUUGGUUUGUUCCAUUGCACGCCUCCACCUAAUACAAUAUUUUCAUUGUUUGAAAGUAGAUGGACUGCUCCGCUCAGAAGAAAGGUAGACAUAACUUUAUUUUCAUAAAAUAUCAAAUGACAAGGAUAUCUAUUUUAGGUUAUGAAUCAAAUAAUCAAUGGUUUGUAUUUGUGCAAUUAUUCUUAUUAUUCCCAUUGCACUCAUACACAUUCAUUAUUUGUAUACUUUUGUUUGAUUGAUUGAAGAUAUAUUUUGUCCAUUGUAUUGUUCGAUUGAUGUGCCAUUGAUGUUAGUUUGCUAUCAGAUAUUGAUAUUCGUUCUAUAUGCUAAUUGUUCAUCCGAUAUAGGCCUAUAUAUUAUUUUGUGACUUGUGUAGGUGGAUACUGUAUAUUGAAGAAUAAAAAUAAUAGAAAAUGAUACAGUAAACAACAA